GCGCCCGCCGUGGCGUUGCUGCGCGCGCCGCGGGGUGCUGCGCGGCGCGGUGGAGCGCGGCGCCCCCCUCGCCCCAGGCACGGAGCCAGAAGAUGAAGCAAGACUGAGAAAGAGGACAGCAGAAUCUUAAGAGGUCUGAUGAUCUGAGACAGUGACCAUGUCUAUUACAGAUCACAGCCCCACCACUGGAGUGGUGACUGUUAUUGUUAUUCUGAUUGCUAUUGCGGCUCUUGGUGCCUUGAUACUGGGCUGCUGGUGUUACCUGCGUCUGCAGAGGAUCAGCCAGUCUGAAGAUGAGGAGAGCAUUGUGGGAGAAGGAGAAACCAAAGAGCCCUUUCUUCUGGUGCAGUACUCUGCUAAAGGACCUUGUGUGGAGAGAAAAGCUAAGCUAACUACAAAUGGUGCAGAAGUGCAUAGCUAACUUGGAGCAACACAUGUAUAUAGACUAUGUUUAUGAUGUGUGUAACCAGCAGCUGAAUCUCCUAUACUGUGAAGAACUUCAUCACAUAUACACUGCUCAUCAGAAGACACCUUGAUGAGGCUUAAAUAAGCUUUGUUUGCAACUGCAUGCACUGAGAAGUUGCACUUUGCAUCAACUGUAUAUCCUGUUGCAUCUAUAACAAGAGCUGACUCACCUGUCAUGAAGUCCAUUGCCGGCAAUGGACACAGGGAUAUAUUGGUGUGAAGAGACUAACAGAGUUUUUCUUACUUGAAUGUUUAGCUGAGCCCAUUUUGAUGGAACUACUACUGUAAUGUGAACUACUUUACAACUGUGAACUGUAAAUAGGCUGCCGGGAGCUUUUGUUUUUUUGUUACACAGCAUAUGGGACUAGUAUGAUGCAACCGUACACAACACAAGGGGAUUCCAGAGCAACUCUGGAUGGGAUUCCGGAUCAUCAGAACCGAAUCUGCAGUUAAAGCUUGCUUCUGCUAUUAAUUUUUGAAUGCACAGCCAUAAAGCCAGAACUCUUGCUGACUUCUAACACUUUAUUGGACUAAUUUCUUUGAAAAGCAGGUAUAACCUGUCAGACACAUCUUGAGGAAGGAAGCAUUAGGGGCUACAAGAAAGAAAAUGAUUUCCUUUAGUUGCAGCUGGAUAGGUCAAGCUUUUUGGCUACUAGAACUGAGAGUUCUCCAAUCAUGUAGCUACUGCAAGGAAACUGCCAUUUUCAUGGAUUCCAACCCAGGAACUAAUGAUGGAUACGUAACCCUCAGGGACUGUCCAGAAGGUUCCAGGAGUUUAAAUGGCAGUAGAGCAGGCUUUUUCCCUUCUGUAUGUCUGCAUGUUAAAACUACAGAAGUGGUUACUUACUAAAAGUGGUAUAAAAACAACUACUAUGAGGUUUUCCUAAGCACUGUUUGUGUACCUAGUAGUUAGGGCGUAUGUAAACAUGGUAACAGCCUGUUGUUUUUAAAACAAACAAACUACUUUAGUGUGAAGACAGACUCUCAACUGUAUGAUACAAUUAAUGCAUCUUGUAGGUAACUCUUUUAGUUUAACUAUAUUACUACAAGAUAAGUUUAGAAGUCUUUCCUGAGAAAACUGAUGCUGAUAUGGGGAAAGGGAUGUCUCUGAGCAGUUGGUGGGGGGGAAGAGACUUGGGAAGUACUUUCAAAUAAGGAUGCAUUUUAUUUCCUGCUCUGAGACUAAACUAUGGAAACUCUACAAAGCUGUGUUAAUUAAGGAGUUCUAGACCCUAAAUGUUUGCUUGGGAGGAAAGAGGAGAGGGACAACACUGAGGCGCCAAAGGCAAUUUAUGCGAUCCAGAAUCCUUGGGGUAGGCAGGUCUGCUUUAGGGCUUGGCUAGCUCAGCACUGGCCCCUGAACUAUCUUGUACUAUGACAUUCAUUUAGCUGCUUUGUACCUGAUGCAAAGUUUCAAACACUUUACUGCUUAGGAAACAUUUACCAUAGGCUCUUUUUCUUCUCAGAUAAGUUACAAAUAAUGCUCAAAUUGAACUUCCUAAACUCUGCAGGAAACAUUAGAUUACUGCUUUCUGUACAUAUAGAAUAACUAAGCAACCUCCUAGUGAACUUACUUACCUGAGAACUAUGUAACUUUGUAAUUGUAAGGAGGAGAAUCAUGGCCUACUUGGUAGUCUUGUCCCUUUUCUCUGAAGUAAAAUGUUAACUUGCAUUCUUAGUGCUAUAUUUGUCUUUUUCUAACUGGAGACUAACUUAAAGCAAAACUAAUAGUGGCAUUAAGCAAAAAGCUCCCAGAGUUGCCUCUUGAGUACAGUAUGAGUACAGUUGACAUGGCUGUCCUUGCCCUGUCACGUGCUUAUGUAAAGAUGCAGUUCUCAUGUGACUUGCCUGUAUGCCCAGGCCCCAGCCACAUAGAAUACUGCAUUCUAGAACUCCUAAAACCAAGGAGAAAAGGAGUAAUUCAGGGAGAUUCUUUCUUUAGUUUUGUUUCAGUAGAGAACAGUUCACACAUGGCUCUUGAAGACUUCAAGACAGGUAUAAAUGGUAUACAAAAGUGAUACAAAGUACUGAAAUUCUGCAGUAGUUGUAGCAAGAUGAUUUUGUCCAUUCAAGUUUACUAAUUACACAGAUGAAACAUCUCCAUUUUAUUUCUGCAAACAAAAUGCAGACUGUAGAGGGCAAAUUUGGUAAAUUACCAGAAAAAUAUAAAUCAGAGGUCCUAAACUAACAUCUCCUCCAGCAGCUGUAAGAGAGAGCCAGUGAAAAAUGACUGGCCCUUAAUCAGAGGUGCUUCACAGUGCUGCCCCCUUUAAAAAAAAAAAAAAAAAAAAAAAAAAAAAAAAAAAAGGAGGGGGGGGAAGCAUCUUUAGGUAAAAUGGAUAGGUGUUUGCAAGUUAGUGCAAUAGUAAAGUGCAGGGUGUGUUUUCCAUACUCCUCCUCUAUUUAGAUGCGAGUAUUUAGUAAGUUGUUCAACUUAUACAAAAAUAUUUCAUUUGAUUUUUUUUUUCUAGAUCAUUUGGGAGAAAAGUCUUUAUUUACAAUGAAUUUCAAUAAAAUUUGCAUAAAUACCUUCCCAAUACCUUGUUAUUUGACUUUGUUAGCAAUCAUCCUGUCCUGUUUUCACUACUGUGCUCUGUCUCUAUAGUAUCAAUAUUAUUAAUUUUUUUUUCCACUAAUGUUGUGGCAGCUGUUGAAACUGAUGCAUCGUUGUCAUCAAAAGGUGUUUGCUCUGAUUGAACAGGUUCUUUAGUUUCAUCUUUUAGCUGUAGUUUUCCUUCCUUUGAUGCUACCAAGAUUCUCAGCAAAGUAUUCUCCUUCAGGAGGUUUUCUGAUGCAUCAGCUAAUUCUUGAAGCUUUUCAGCCAUUGCUAGUAAUUCUUGAUUCUUCUGGUCAUAUGUGGACUGUAACUGCUCACUGUGGAGCUGCAGGGUUUUGUGCUGCUUUUCCAGCAUAUGUUUUUGCUGCUGCAGUCUUUGUUCCUCUCUCCUAGCUUCAGAAAGCUGUUCUUCAAGCUUGUCAUGAGCCUGAUGUAGGGCACUAAUUUCUGAUCUUAACUUCUGAAUUUCUCUCUCUAAGUGGGAGAUAUGUCCUUGCUGUAACACUGUCUCUUUAUGCAGGCAUUCUUUGGUACAGAGGUCUGAUGAAGAAGAGAGGCUUGAGUAAUGUAAAAUAAACUUAAGGAGAUUAGGAAGGUUAACUGGAAAGUCUUCAGGGAACUUCACACUCUGCUCCUUCCUAGAAAGACACAUCAAGUUAAUAUUGCAGCUUUCAGAAUUGUAAACAGUGAUAAUUUUACCUAAGUAUCUGCUAUCCAACUCAAACUUAGCAUCUUAUUUUUAUACAGAAUGGCUAUCAUAGGAGGUAACAAACUUAAAACUUACUUAUAUAAUGAAGAUACGGUGCACAGACUACUGUCUCCUUAGGAAACCUACCUGUAUCCCAGCUUGUUUAGGUGCUGUAAGCAUCUCUCUGAUCUGGGUCAAUGGUGGGUUUUUUGUCUACUAAGAUUUUUUUUUCUAUCAAAUUAAGAAACAGAUCCUAUUCUUAACCUAUAGUUGGAAAGCUUUUUAAUUUUUUUUUUUAAUGACUAAACAUGAAAGCCUACAUGGGAACAUCACUGUUGGCCAGGGUGAUCAGAAUGUAUUGGUAUGGGCAAAUGUUAACUGUUGAAGUAAAAUUUUUUAAGUGUUCUUAACUUUUCUUUCAGAUUUCUUAACAAUAUAGGUAAGGUGAAGUCCAGCUGUAUAAAACUGGGAAACAAUUAUUUUGAAGCUAUACUGCAAGUUAUCCCAGAAUAAGUAGCUUAAUGUGCUCCACCAUUAGAAAAGUAUUGAAGGUAGUAGAAGAGGAGUUUGCCUUUAAAACAGUUAAGUGACUUUACUUGGAAGCAAGCACCUCUUCCUGUGCAAAACCAGCCUUUCUACUUGUUCCUCCUGCUGCUUUGUCUUUAUGCUCCUGAGCUCAUCGAGGAAGCAAACCAGUCAAAUCAGGUGCGUGUUGUUGGUUUGCGUCUGGCUGGCUCCCUGUGUGGUUGUAAAUUACUUACGGAUGAAUUACACAAGUCAAAAAAAACCCCAAAGGUUAUUCUAAAGCAAGACAGACAGGUAUAACGUUUAAGGGCUCAAAGUGUGCUGCUGCUGCUUCUAUAGAGUAAUUACCAUGGAUAACACUCAUGUCCCCACAUUUGUGAAACUGUUUCCAAAUUGCUUACACUGUGCAGCUGAAACACAGAAAUUUUUCUGACCUAUCAGAUAUAAUUUCCUUAAAAAUGCUGUAUGUGAAAUCCAAUUUAUUAACAUAUAUAAUAAUCACAUUAUAUUUACUUCAAUUAUUGAGAACUACUUACUGUACUUCAGGAAGAAAUCACAUUUUAUCAAUAGUUCAAGAACCUGGGUCAGAUGGGGCAUGAUUAUUUUUCUUCCCUUGUAGAUUUCUAGUGAUCAACUGUAAUACCUGUAGUUACCAUGAGCAGCUUCUCAACUGAUACUCAUUUUAGCAUCAAAAGUAAAUGAAUCAUGAUGAUUUUGGCAAAAAUAUAGUCUAUACUAAGAGAAAAUUGACUGCUUAUAUAAUGGUAGUAUUUUACUAUAUCAUCAUCCAUUGUUUAUUGACUUAAAGCAUUUCUGAGCAUCCUGUGCUUAAGUGCUAUUAAAAAGCAAAACCAAACAAAAGAAUUAAGAGUAUGAGAUGGGGAGAACAGUGUAAGUACAACAGAGUCAAUUUGCAAAAAUUGUCUCAUAAGGCAUAUGAAUAAGGGGUUCACCUGGACUGUACAGGAAGCCUUAAUAUAAAGCACCUUUAUAUCCAAAAUUAAUGUAUGACUACUCUAGCAGAGAUACUAAUACUACAUAAACUAUCAAAAACUAAUUUUGUUGAUUACCCAGAUGCAGCAAAAUAUAAAACAGACUGGACAGAAAGAGCAAGAGAGGAACAGUGACUAGAGAUAAGAUACCUUUGCGAAACCAAAUAGUGGAUUACAAAAACAAUGUUACCAAAGAGUCAGCUGCUCCAGAGAGGGGACUAGAGCUGCUUAUUAAAACAGACCAAAGCAAAAUGAGUAUCUGAAAAGAAAUGGAAAACACAGGUCUAUGUAGCAAUUGGGAAGAUGGCAAGUAUCAGAGGAAGCUUCAUUUCCAUGAAUUGUUUAAUACCCUAAAACCUAUUUCAGCUAUGCCUUAAAAUAAUUUAGAAAAACGUUUAAAAUAUAAUACACCCGAUUUGUAAGAGCCACACAGUCAUUUAUUCAUGACCCUCAUGCUGUCACCUACAGCGCAUGAGCAACUGCUGACCCAAAGUCAGACGUGCUGGGGAAUCACAGGAGGAUGUCCACCCUGUGCCAUUAACCGUAAAACAAAAUCCCUCAAGCUGGAACUGGCCCAAGCUGUUAUGGGGGUCUUAGUAUUGAAGACUGUAGCUCUUGGUAAGCAAAGAGUGUAAGUCACACUGACUUUAUGUAUCCAGGGGCUCAUCCUGGAACUGUGCUCCAGCCAAGCUGUGCUCAGCUAACCCAGGGAAUGGUUUUCAGGGAGGGAACAGAGAAAGGACGGGAACUGAGCUGGAAGAAUGGGUAGAGGGAACCUGAUCUGCGAGGCUGAUUUGCAGGGAUUAUUGCAUGCUGGAGGAGGGGGAAGAAAGAUGAAUAGUUGCAAGAGAGAACUGAUAUAAAUCAAAUUAUUUCUGUACACACUUUAAAACAUGAAUUUAGGAUUCUAAAACUUAAGACACAGGUUUAAACAUUGUGUGUUGUUGGACAGCACUGUUAAGUACCAAUACCUCAAAUUACACCUUUGCAGAUGAUGGAAAGUUCUCCAAGGAGAAGGGUGGAAAUCAGCAUGUUCAUUUAAUAUUAUAAAGACAAAGGUAUCUGUAACACUGCUUGUUUUAAUUUCCUCUCUAUAAGCUGUAAAACAGCUUAAGAUUGAGUUAAUUAAGGAAGAACAAACAUACUGGCUCUGGUGCCUGGCACACACUGACUGCAUGGUUAGCAUCGGGAGCCAAGAGACUCCUGAACUCAAAUAUUGAUUUUUUUUUAAAAAAAAAACAAUCUGUUGAGCAUUUAUAAAUUCAAUUUUAAUGGCUUUAACUUGGUCAAGUGUGGAUGAAUUUUCAUGAGUACAGUAAGAAGCUCCUGUUCAUCAUACAAAGUAGGAAUUGCACAACUACAAGGUAUACUAUAAUAUCUUCUAGAACAACUGUUAAAAGAUUUUACCAUUUGAUUUCUUUUUCUCCACAGAAACAACUAAACAAUUUUGGUUGAAGUUUUCCCAAAAUGUAUUCAGCCUGAGAUGGAUACUGGGGCUGUAACGCUGCAGCUUAUAUAAAGAAAAUUUGACAGUUUUAAGCUUUAAGAAAGGUCCUCUAAUGAGAAGUGUGAAAUUAUCUGCAGGCAAAAGCCGAGCAAGCUGAAUGAAGAUGUGAUUAAGAGAAGCACAGAAUCCACACCAUUGUGCAUAAUAAAGCAGCAAAACAUUCUAGAAGAUAAAACCAGAGAAGAGUUUGAUUACCUACAAUAGUUAAUCUGCACUAAAGAAUGACUAGUCUUCACAACAGCAAAAUUAUUUUGAAUUAUUUAAAAUUAAAAGGAAACUAUAUCAUAAUGUUAAUAUACUUUAUAAACUAUUUACUGAUGCCCACUGUCUCCUGAACCAAAACCCAAAAGCUCUCAGGGAAUUCACUUUCUGGGAAGAAAAAGACAAAAUGAAGAGGAUUAUUUAGUUCCCUUUUAAUGAAAAUGCACCACUAGACUUUCUUAAAUGUCUCAUAAUUAUUCUACUUGAGCAACUGCAUACCUGAUAUAGAAAAAAAUUCAAUGAUCAGCCCUAAAAGUGUGUUGUUCUCCUGCAACUAGCAAUGCAGGCAUCAGGGGUGCUAGAAACCAAAUUCUGCAUGUGUCCAAGUUCACUGAAUCAUCACAGCAGCCAAUGGAUAUUGGUCCUGACUCUAUUAUAUCUUUAAGGAAUCAGUAAUUUAAUCACCUUUCAGUAUGACAUCGUAUAUAAAAUAAUUUUAUGACACGCAAUAAGAAAACUUUUAACCCUGAGAUUUUUUUGUUUUUGUAUGGUUUCAAAUAUUACUUUAAUUUUAUAAACUUUCAUUUUUUCU